GUUUGACAAGUUUUCUUUCGAAAUAUUGCCCGGCAAUAUUUCAUUGACCGUAUAGAAUCUCGAAGCCACAACAUCGUGGGCUGUUGGUUAUUUGAAGGUUUCUAUAGCCCACUCCUUUGUGAUGGUUUGUCCUAGUAUGUAUGUCUGAGACUAUAUGAAAGCAGUAAAAUAAGGGAGCAAUGAGUGUCUGGCAUUAUUUUGCGUCCAUCUUAGAAUUUUUACGUAAUUUGCUGCCAGAAGAGAUUUUGUCUUGUUAUAGUGCUGUCUCAUUUUUUAAGAAAUCUACACUGUGUGUCGUGAACACGCCAGUUAACUGAUGUAAUGGACGAAAAACGAGCGAUAAUAACAAAAUGUAAAUCAUUUAUCCUUGUACAUUUUCGUUGACCGACCACGUUAAUUUGAUGUAAUAAUAAAAACGGAUUACGAAAGUGUUACAGUGUGUAUAUUUUAUACGUCGAUUCGUGAGACUGACGAAGAGGAAUCAGUGUGAGUUUUAGGUAGAAAAACGAGCGAAAAAUGGUGAGUAUAUAGUAAGUUAAUUUUCUAAUAAUUCGAAAAUUUAAAAAUCACAGUAUUGUACGGAUAGCAGACAGGUGUAAGGCAAGCACACCUUGAAACAUGCAUUAGUUCGACUAAAAGGAUCGUAGCGUCAAAAACAUAUAGGAAAUCCUGAAGUGCUUGACUGAAGUAAAAUGAAAUAGUCCACUGUCAAGCAAAAACAAACUGAGAAUAAAAAAAAAGAACUACCACUAGUUGAUAAAAGCAAUCUGAAAAAGUCUGCACAAUACCGAUAAAAAUAAAAGAACUCCGUGCCACUCCUGCAACAAGAUAACUGAGACGGCAGUUCUUAAAUGAUCUGCUUUUUUUAAUUUGAGAGGCUUUUUACUUAUUUUUGGUGGGCGGCAGAAUCUUCUAUUGCGUUACUGUUGGCACAAGUUUAUUGAUACCAUACAGUUGUCGUAACACCUUUGUAAUGUCAUUGGACUCCAGCGGUACUCUUCCCAAAUACUACUUGUCCAAAAGUUUUGGCCAAGUCGGACAUUUUGUUGGCUGUUUUAGAUUUGUUUUCUGAAGGAAAAAUAAAGCUUAACCUAAUUAAUGAUAAAUAUACCGGAUUCAAUCCUAGAGCAAAUUUUUAUUUAUUUGAAUUGGAAUGAACGUUCACGAGCUGCUCGUGUGUGUAAAAAGUGGUAUAAUGUGUUUCAAUCUCCUGUUUUGUGGAGGAAAAUCGUUUUUAAGCCACCGUGUCGUCGACUAACAAAACUUCAGUAUGAUAUUAAAGGCUAUCGUUUGUCUUGUUGCUUAAAGGCGAUUGGUUGCCAUAUUCGCAACUACAAGUUUUUGAAAACUGAUGACUUGUUCCUACUUAAUCGAACGUUAAACCUUGUUGCAAAGUUUCUUGAAUACAGUUUCAAAUUAGAUGGACAGAAGAAUGAACUUAAUAAUGCCUGCGAUUCAGAUGGCAAUGAAUAUAGUGACCUACCUAAAGAGAUCGAAAAUUUAUCAUAUGGAAAUCUGAACCGUAAUGUAAUGCGUGAAACAGACUAUGGACUUGCUGGUUUCAUUAUUGAAGGUGAUCCAGAUGCCGAAGCUACUCUCAGGUUAAUAUUUGAGCUGCAAGAGCAUGAAAUUCAGGACUUUUCAUCUGAUUUAUCCUCUGAAAAUAGUCAAGCUGAUUUAUUCAAUGAUUUAGAGCAAUUUCAAUCGCAUAGAAUGUCUUCCAUUAGCUAUCCUCCAUCUCAUCGUUAUGAUUGUAGCAGCUUCAAACGCAGUAAAAGCUCUCAGUAUCCCUCAUCUGUGUCAAAUUUCUCACCUUUUCACCACCCACCUAUUGUUCAUUCUUUUGAAUUGGAUUUUAAUUCUGAAGUCGAUGAUUUGCGUGGUCUUGUUUAUGGAACUGGAGGUGCAUUACUGAGAACGAUUAGCCGAGUGGUACGUCAGUUAAGUGAGCUUCAUCGUCUCCAUCUAGUGGAUCUUUUUCUUGUUUCCGAUGACGCCAGACAGUUAGUUUGUGAAAUAAGUGAUGUUGCUUCACAUUGUCUAAAUGAUCUCAAUCUUGUUCACUUCCAUAAGUCAUCUGUCAAUCCAGUAACCGCACAUCAUCGUGAGUACAUCCCAGGUUUUGCAAAUUUAGUCUCUGAUGAACAUCAAACUACUAACAAUGUUUCAAAUAACAAUAGCCACCAAUAUUUCAAUGAAGAUUGGUACCUUUUGGAUCCUCGUUGGCUUAGUGCUCGAUCUCAACGGACCAGCGAUAAUCCUUUGUGUGAUUUGUCUAGUCUUUUCCCUAAAAUUAUACGUCUUACUUUGAGUCCAACUCAGUUAACCGGUUCAAUGCUUCUUCGACUUUUAUAUCAAACUUCGUUGCAUCAAUUAUCUUUAAUUCAAACUGAUUUGACUGUAUUUACCAUACCUCGUUCUGAAAAUCCUCCUGUUCAACGAACUAUUUCAUAUGAUUCUGAUGAUUUAUAUAUGGGAUUUAAUGAAGAACAAAGUUUUGGUCCUAGUGAUUCAAGUAUGCUGGAUUUGAUUGAUUGGACUGAAGAUGUUCCACGUAUUCGUAGAUAUGGAACUAAUCAAGAUACAACAUCUGGUUGGAAACCGAUACCUUCAAACGUGUGGCGUGCUGCUCUUAUUCUAUGUCCAUAUCUUACCAUUCAUUUAAAGUUGGAGUUAGUUGAAGAUUUAACUUGUUUACGCUGGAAAAGUCCUUCAUCAUCUGAUAAAUUCAAUUCAAUUCAUAAUUUACUGUCUUAUUGGCCUGUUCCUCCUGCACCGGUCACUUCAAUCACAUUGAUUCUAACUGGAGAACCUGCAUUUAUGGCUGGUUUAUUAAGUCCACAAAAUACAAUCAAUCCUAUAUCUUAUUCACAAUCACUUACAUCAUUGAUAAUAUUAUUGGAAAAUAUACCUUCUGAAUUGAAUAUAUCUGGUUCAGUUAAACAAUUGAAUGAAUCAUGUAAAGAUAAUCAUUCAUAUGGAUUAGAUCAUGUUCUACAAGAUUUGAUUAAAGCCUGUCCACAUCUUAAUCUACUAGCUCUUGGUGGUUCAAGUGCUUAUAUGCAUAUUUUAACCUUAUUGGUAAUAUGUCGUCAAAGAAAUCAAUGUUGUAAUUCUAUGAAUGAAUGUAAAUAUAGUCCAUUACAAUUAGUUAUCCAAAAAGAAUGUUGUCAGUUAGAUGGUGUUUGUCCAUUAACUGUUCCAGCUACAAUAUCUACAUGGUAUAGUACAAUGAUGACUGAAUCGAUAUCGUCUAGAUUAAGAAUAGCAGAGUGUUGCAUUUGUACUGCAUUAGGUCAACGUCGAUGGCAUUUUUUAACAAAUUCAGAAUUUCAUAAUCAACUUAGUAAUUAUUUGUUAUAAGUUAUUUAUUUACUUAAUAUCUAUUAAUGAGUUGUUUUUCCUUUUGUUAAACAAUGAUUUCCCCUAUCCUACUCACCAUUUCUAGAUUAUUUGAAUUUCUCCAUUUUCUUCGUUUGCAUCCCUUUACUUGUACCUUCGUGUUUUGCUUAUCCCUAGUCUUUCAUGAACCAUCUUUGAAUUUUUUUUAACACAGACACUAAUAGAAUGAUAUUUACAUGAAUGGGAUAAUUUUUAAAUUUAUCCUAAGUAUAUAAGGAAAAUUUAAUGUUAUCACUAAAUAUUAUUGAAUUAAUUUGUCAAUUACAUUGUAAUUGGAUUUUUGCAUUUAUUUUUACCUUUGUGCCUUCCUUUUUGGUAAAUUUUAUCUUUAAUUUAAUUAUAUAUUAUGAUUUCAGUCUGAAUAUUUAUGCUUAUUAAAAAGAAAAUUGUAUUGUGGUUUUCUGUUCUUCAAAAUUAUUUCCACUUACCCACCUACAUACGUACGAAUUUAUAACAAUGAGUUGUGUAGUAAUUACAAUAGAUCAAUUGAAUUUAAGGUAGUUUUGUACUGUAUGAAUAAACCAGAAAGAAUGUACUAACUAAAUUGAGAAUUCGAAUAGUAAUAUUGAAUUUCCUUUGUAUUUAACUGUUCUGUUCUAGAUUUUGAUCAUGGGACUAUGAACCUUUGCUGGUUAGACUAUAUUAUAUUACCGGGUCAAUCAGAAUAAAUAUAUUAACUAUUAGUUUUUCGUGCUUAGUUCAAAUGACAAUGUUAGAUAUGAUUGUAGGACAGUAGAAAAUUCUUUUAUUUACAAUUCAAAUAACUUUGAACUGAAUAAAAAGGUCUCCUCAGCACUGUGCACUAAAAUGAUAUGACAUUAAACUUAGAUUACACGGAACGAUUGCUCCUACUAGUGAGGAGUUUCUUUGCUUUCCCUUUGUUUGAAAUAAACUCAUUUAAGUGAUGUUAUUAUUGACUUAUUGAAUUACAGACAUCCAAAUAUUUGAAGAAUGAUAUCCCGAAGAUAGUUGUAGAAAUAGACGAUAGUAGUGGAGCGAAAUAUAUGUGGACGUGAGGAUGGAUUAAGGAACAUGAGACUUUGGAAGUGACUAUUUAGAAGUUAAGACGGGUCUUAGCCACACUAUUUGGCUGGGUUCCUCUAGCUACUUGUUUCAGUUAAAAAUAAAAGGUCAGAGUUAAUGUCGAAUGUUGACAAGGCUGUUUAUUUUGUAAAGUUACUUGCCACUGUGGAUUCUUGAUUCUGAUGACUUGUGUCCUCAUUGGUUAAGAGUCAGUUUUCAGAGUUGCCUAACUUCAGCGGGAUUAUACUUUAAGGGUGUGUUUAUCAUGAGCGGCCACUAUCCACUUCGAUAUCAAUUUCAGAUUUGACUAUACUUAAGUUAGAUGGAGUUUUAAGGUAAUUCAAUUUAGAUAAUAUGUAUUGAUAAAGUUCUCAGUUGUACGUUAGUGUUUUGAAAGCCAUAGCAGUCCAAACUAUAUUUAAGUUAUAUAUUCAUAUAAUACCUGCUUUAAAAAAUAAACAAAUGUGUUUUCCUUUUGCUUUUCUUUAACAUUUCCUUUAGUUUAUUGUAUUGAUUUAUGCACUUUAUGGCCGGAACAUGGUUCAAUAGUCUAUUAAGAGUCUUAACACAAUUUGUCCCAACACUCACUCACUGGAAGAGACUGAAGCAGAAAACGAAGGAACUAUGUAAUGUUUUUAUCCCAACAGCUUUUCU